GCUCUGGACUCUGCACCCUCGGGUGUGUUCGUCCUGCUGCCCCCGGGCUGGUUAGUCCUCCUCUGCCCGUCCAUGGAAGGGGCCAGGCCCCCGUCGCCGGGAGAUGAGCUGGAGCUCUCUGUGCUCGAGGGGCUGCCGGACGAGCAGACGCCUCUCAAUGGAGCCGUCCAGGUGAUCCCUUCUUCAGCCGAGGAGCCCUACCCAGCCCAGGCUAACGAGGAAAGCUCUUGGAGCUCCUGUAAUAAGAAUGUGAUUGGAAAGUGCAAACUGUGGAUGGUCAUCACCUCUAUUUUCCUAAGUCUCAUUACUGUAGUCAUCAUAAGCUUAUGUCUUAUUGGAGUAACUUACGUCGAUGAAGAUGAAAAUGAAAUACUUGAAUUAUCAUCAAAUAAAACAUUCUUGGUCAUGCUAAAGAUUCCAGAGGACUGUAUUACUGAAGAGGAAUUGCCUCAUUUGCUCACGAAAAGGCUCACAGACGUGUACAGUUCAUCCCCAUCUCUGAGUCGUUAUUUUACUUCGGUGGAAAUAGUUGACUGCAGCCGUGAAAAUGCCACGAUAACCUACCACCUGCAGUUUGGGGUUCCAUCGGAAGAUGACGGUUUCAUGAAGUAUAUGAUGUGCGAGGAGCUGCUGCGGGGCGUUUUGCUGCAGGAUUUCCACGAUCAGCACGUGUCUGGUUGUGAGACUCUGGGGCUCGAUCCAGCGUCCCUCUGGUUCUACGAAUGGAGUGGUGGAGGUUGGUCUGUGUCUGAAAGCAGUGCUCCACUGAAUUUUGAGAUGCAGAGUAUUCAUUCUGUUUUAUGGAAAAGAUCCGGUGAAUUAACGUAGGAUUCGCAAUGACCAGAGGGGUGGAGAUGGUCCUGUUUCUGCAGUUAACAGCGCCCGAGCGAGCGCGGGCCCCAUCCUGACAAAGGCAGGAAGCCAGAUGGGGCAGGGGGACGUGACGGGCUGGGUGGGCGGACCUUGCAGUGUGAGGUCACUGCUGUUCUGGAAGCACUAGCUGCCUCCACCGACAGGUGGACACUUGCUCUUUAGGGCGAGGGUGGCCUUGCGCGCAGGCUCCUAACCUGUCCGGGUGGAGAGAGGAGAACAAGGAGAGGCAGGCAGCUCGGUGAGGAAAAUUGAGCCAAUUGCUCGCUGAAACCCCCACAGCCCUCCCUCCAUUGUAUUCAUCUGCCUCUGAGCAAGGCUGUGAGGACAAGGAAGGCACUUUCACGACCUAAGCAGCCUAGUGCUGUGUCUACUCCCUUGACCUGUAGGUGUCGCAGCAACCAGCCUUUGCACAUCGUCCAACGUUACUGUAUCAUAUAUAGCUGCAGAAAUGAGAUGUGUGUUUGUUUAAUUAUUUUGCAUUUUCUUAUCAUUCCUGUGACUCCUGAACUCACACCUCUUCUGGAAACCUGGGUCCCUGUGAGUUCUCAAUACGCUGUCAUCAUUUUCGAGAGUUUCCCCGUUUAUAUUUUCACUAACUUCGGUCAGUGAGUCCCGGAGACUGCUUCCCAUCCGCUGUCGAUUUUACACCUCGAGUUUUUAUCGUCCAGAGUUACUAGCCUUCCUGUGGGACUCAGAGUCUUCAGAAGUUGAUUGUGUAUCUGUUCGAAGGUGACUGUGCAACAGGAAGCACCACUCUCUGAAAUAAACUGUUGGAUGCUUAACGCCACUUCAUUUGCAAAGCGCGGGGAAUAUUAGCGACUGUAUUGGUUGUCUAUGGAUAUAGAAUUGCCUGUCAUGAGGGAGAUGAAUAUUUGUUUUAUUGGGAAAAUUGUUUUGCUGGAAAUUUUCCAGGAGAAACAGUUUUGUGGUCCUUUUCUGAGAGAUCCUUGGCCCCAAUAUCUCAGUUGAAUUGGCCUCGGGUGGAAGUCAGUGUGAGGGGCGCUGUGUAUGAGGAUGCAGCCGAGUGUGUGUCUCAGGCUAGGUUUGCCUUGAGCACUUUAUGACCCAGAACUCUGGAUAAUGUGAAUUUCCUUUCUUAUUUAACUAAAAGAUGCAUUUACUGUAACUCAGUGUCUCAUUUUAAAGAUAGUUCCUCAAACUAGCGAAAUAGGUGAAUUUCCCUUCUUCCUCUUUAAUUUUACAUGUCAAACGUAAACUUUAGUGUGUUUGUACUUUUGAUAAAAUAAUGAACUUCCAUGGAGAAGGAUUUAAAAAUAUUUACAAUAAAUUAUUUUUGCAUCUGCAUUGUCACAUUCACUUUUGCUUCAUAGGUGUUGACUCUCCAGGGUCAUGAUUUGGGCUGGUAUUUUCUUGCAAUAAAUAGAGUUAGAAGUGAUCUUUUCGUUUCCCUCAGAGCAACUUCCUGUUCUGAGUGAGUAA